GGCGUCGCAAGCCAUUACUAAGCGAUGCUGACGCUUGUGAAAAUGCAUCGCGCAACAGCUGAGAGAUAUCUAAUAAAUGGAUAUCUUCAUUGAGAGAUGGGAAAGUGGAUGAGAUGUCACGAUUUGAUCAAGAAGAGAUGGACGAUCCCAACUUUUGGCUGGUUUCCGGCGAUAUCCCGUCACGAACAGUAUCCCCGGGAUCCGGCAGCUCGUUGGACCAUGCGAAACCGCGUCGCCGACCGAUCCCGCGGAAAGGCCAUACCAAGUCGCGAAAAGGAUGCUACAGUUGCAAGAAACGGAAGAUCAAAUGCCAAGAGGGCGUCCCGGAAUGCUACCAUUGCGCGAAAGCCGGACUCGUCUGCGUCUACCCGGUGACAGAGAAGACAUUGGCGUUGGCGGUCCCGCGACCAGGAUUGCAGUCGACGCCCACGACCUUCACGAUGCAGGACUUGCGGUACUUUCACCACUUUCUGGUAGGCGCGUACCCGCACCUGCCGGUCAAGGGGGAUGAUAUAUGGAAGAAUCGGGUCGCGCAGAUUUCUCACAGCUACGACUUCCUCAUGCAUUCCAUGCUGGCGUUGGCAGCGUCGCAUCUCAGCCUGUUCGGCGACGAAGACCGUGGCUCGGCCGCGCUCUCCCAUCGUGUCGCGGCCAUCAACUCGCUCAAUGCGUCGCUCUCCCAACCAUGCCAGGACGGGGCCGAGAGCGAUGCGCGGUUCGCGACGAUCAUGGCGUUGACCUUCCAAUCUAGGUAUAUACCGGAUGGCAUGAAAGACUUCUUGACAAUGAUCCGGGGCUGUACGGUAGUGGCGCAGACGGCGAUGCUACCCUUUGAAGAGUCCUCCUUCGGCUCGUUUACUCAUGAAGGACAUGUCUCCACCAUAGCGAGCCUGAUUCAAAUGGAUAUUGUUGUGUCUUUGGACGGUGACGGCUGGAAGAAUGCAAUAGAUUCAUUGCGCGACCUUAGACCGCUUGUUCAGACACCUUUUGAGCAGCAAUAUCUUGCAGCCUUGGAGAAUGCCCUGCAACUAGCGAAGACGGCGCCUAUUGACGCCUACACAACGUUUACCAUGUUGUACGUGUCCCCCGCCGACAUCUCCCACGAGGAAUUCCUUCGGUUCCUGGAACCGCAAAACACCACGGGCCAGCUGCUCCUUGCGCACUUCUUCGCGCUGGAGAUCCUGCUAGGUCCGAUCUUAUGGUUUGAACUGCAGCACCGGAACGAGAUGUUGUCGGUGCUGCGCCAGAUCUCCUUCCAUUGGGUCGAGAAGAUGUGCGUGGGUCUACCGGAAUCGCAUCAAUCGUUCGCGCGGUGGCCGUUGGAGUAUAGUAUAAUGUGGCGGAGAUCGCUAGUGUCUAACAAGUCGAGUUUUAUUGAAGUUGUUGACUCUUAAUCUCGUUCUAUACUCAUGCCUCUUGUGUCUAUUCCAGUUGGCUUCCCACGAUGUCUCUCUCCCAUACAAUUUCGUCCCUUUCCAAAUGUCGCCUCAUUACCAUGUCGCCUUUCACACUUCAAGCACCCCCCCAUCCUGUCUCCGCUCCGAGCUAGCCGACGAAUCCUGCUCCCUCUUCGCAGCGAGUUCCACAUGCUGCAUCCCCCCGCGGCGACCCAGGAAUCGACUGGGAUGAUACAGGCAGAAGAUAGA